AUGGAGGUUAGCUUAGAAGUUCGACGAAUCGGAACCCAGAAAAGAAUAACAUCUACUAAAAUCAGAUACCUUUUUUCCACAGAGACUGUUUGGUUAGAUGACUUCACUCUAUCUAUACCGGUAUAUGGCUCUAGAGGAGAGAAAUAUGAAUACACCGGAUCUGUUUUUUCUAAGACAAUAGAGAUGGUGGCAAAGUUUGAAAGAAAGGUGGGCCUUGGACUGUCCUGUGAGCAGGGAAUAGAAAUGCUUAAGAAUGGUGACAUGCCCAUCCUUAGAUGCCUAUACAAAGAUGGCGAAACCAUAAAGAUGCAUGGGCUGAGAAGGUUGGUGAUUAUUGACCCAAAAGACUUUACAGCAAGUACAGCAUUCUCAAAGACGAUAUUGCAGGAUCAAUCUAGGCUUGGAAUGCUCAGAAAACUGAAGCUUGUAAACUGUAGAAUCAAAAAGAUUCCUGACAUCUCUAUGAUGAGGUUGGCAUAUUUGGAUUUGAGUCAUAACGAUAUAUCUGGUGUAGUAUGUCUUCGUGGAUAUUUCGACACAGUUAAUCUAUCACAUAACGAGAUUUCUCGUGUCAUCAGGAUGAGAGCAUCAAAUCUCGAUGUUUCGCAUAACAAAGUGACCAGAUUCUUCCAGGACUUCACCUAUCGACGCCUAGAUUUAAGCUAUAAUCCUCUGGAGUUCUAUCAUGCAGAAGCAAGGGUGCUGAACCUAUCUCAAACAAUGGUAAAGUCACUGGCUUCAAAAACAAUAAGGAAACUGGUUAUGGAUGGGACAAAGAGAGUUAAGCUGGGGGCAUUUGAAAACCUUGUGUUUCUGAGCAUUAAUGACUGUGGAAUACGUUGCUUAUCAUUUGAUGCAAAGAAGUUGAGGGUUCUGAAGGCUAGGAAUAACCUUAUAGAGGAAGUUCCCGUCUUCCCAUCUCUUGAGUACUUAGAUAUUUCUAGCAAUCUUGUACAUACAGUUCCAAACAAGGGGGUCAGGUUUCUUGAUGCCUCGAAGAACCAGAUAAUGGUAUUUGACCUUUGGGGGUGGGAUAGGCUGGCGCAUCUAGACCUCUCUUACAAUCCACUUGUGAACUUUGAGAAUUUUGAUAGAAUUGAAUUAAGAUUCCUAAACCUCAAAGGCACAGAUAUUAAGAAGAGCCUAAGAAGAAAUGGGGUGAGACACUAUGUGCAUCAAUGCAGGGUGAAAGAAAAAGUGGUUGAAAGAUUCAUUGUUGACCCAAAGGGAGUAGAUGGAAGAUUGUUUUUUAUAUCUGUCCAUGAUCCCGGCAUCGACAUUUCUGAUAUACUCGGGAUCAUUCAGUCGGAGGUGACUGGAGCUCAUAGUCCUCACAUUUAUCUCCAGAGGUUCUGCCAUUUCUUCAGGAAGGCUCUUUUCUCUAGGGGGAUUAAGCCCGAGUAUGCGUUGUGCAUGGUGACACCUAAGCAUGUGGUUAUCAAUGGAAGAGGGGUUAGCUUUAUAUUCUCAAACUUCGCAGAGAUCAGGAUAUUCAAUGACCCUGAGGCUGUUGAGGUGUAUGAUAACGUUGGGAACUGGCACUUCAUUCCGCUGUUUUGCGACUUCCAGGGCAGUGUCGCAAGGUUUGACAUAUUAGAUACGGUUAGGAAUGAGUUAGAUUCUACCCUGGAUUUUAUAGGCCAUCGAUGCUCUCUUUCCGUAAUGAUGGCCAUUUCUAGUACGCUCAAGUUGCACAAGAGUUCAUGCAGAGGAGUGAAGCUAAUAUCCAGGGCUUGCCUUCCUAGCAAGGUAGGAUAUGAGGAUGCGAUUAAAGGUAUCUCCAGAAAGAAGAACAAUGAAAACUUUAUACAGGGAGGGGAAAAUUACAACUUUGUAUUGAAAAGCAGCACAAGGCGAUUCUAUGGCACCCUUCUCUCCAAUCCAAACCCUAUUUUUGCAUUCUGCAGACUUCUUCCAAUAGGCACGAGCUAUGAAUAUGUUGUUGGAAAUGUAGCGAAUAUAAUGAAGAUGAUGAGCAUUGUGUUUUCUGGAACCAGGAUAGAGUUCUUUUCAAGGAUAUGGAUUGUUGCGUUUCAUGACAGGGUGGAGGCCUGCCUAUGGGGGCUGAAGAUCAAAGAAAUGCUCAAGUGCCUAGAAAUCGAUGUUGGGAUAGGAAUAACAUGUGGGUCUUUCUAUACAAGGAUAGCUGACAGCCAUGUCAGGUUUUAUGGGCCGGUGCUUAGCAAAGCAUCACGCAUUGCAAACCUUGGGAUUGGAGUAUUCUGCUGCCAUUGUGUGUGGACCAAACAUUCGAAGAUUAUGUAUAUAAACCAAGGGCAGCGGAUUCUUAGAGGAUUCAAGGAGCCGCACCUAAUUUACACGCCCCAGAUAUCUGGAGAGAUAUAA